AUGGGCGCAGGGUGCCCGGUCCGCACCCCGGUGCCCGUGCCCCCCGAGGCUGCCGGCACGGGAUGGAGGGACGCCGGGCGCUGGGGACGGUGGCAGCCCCGCCGGCCGGCGCUGGGCAUCACGGUGGCCGCCGGCCACCCCGAGGUGUCCGUGGUGGACCCCGACAUGGAGGCGCUCUUCGACGAGUUCCUGGGCAAAGAAGGCUUUGGGGUCACGGCCCCCGAGGUGGGCACGGCGGGACGGCAGCCGCGGCAGCCCUACCACUACCGUGUGCGCGACACGGACCAGAAGGUGCUGUGCCUGGAGCAGGGGCGCCUGGUGGCCACCAGCCUGCAGGGCGCCAACGCCGCCCGGGAAGAGCUCAUCAGCGUGGUCCCCAACCGGCACCUGGAGCGGAGCCGCUAUCCCCUCAUCGUGGGUAUCCGUGGGGGCAGCCGGGCGCUCUCCUGCGGCACCGGUCCCCAGCCCCAGCUGCAGAUAGAGGACGUGCCGCUGCUCGAGCUGUUCUCGUGGGCGGCGGGCGCCGAGCGCUUCACCUUCUACAAGAGCUACAGCGGCUCCACGCACUCCUUCGAGGCGGCCGCCUUCCCGGGGCACUUCCUGAGCACGGCGCCGCGGGCCGGCGAGGCGCUGGCGCUCACGGCGCGGCCCGGCCACGCCGGCGCCAUCACCACCUUCUACCUGGAGCGCGAGCAGGCGCCGAGCCCCGUCCCCGCUCUGCAAUAA